UAUUACACUCUUUAAUUUUGGUUGAGGUUCGUCAUCGCUUUGGUCUGGAAUCAUCUUUUUCCGAGGAUGGACUCCUUGCAGUCGAUCGAAACCCAGGACAGUAAACUUGUCAUACUGAAAGAGGAGUCACCCCGUCAGCUGCCGUCCAACCAGUUGAUCUUCGGUUGCCCUGGUCCUCUGCCAGUGCUGCAGCAGCUGCGCAGACUCUCGCUGGGAAACGUGCCCCAGGAAGUUUUGGAUAAACUGUUCCAGAACUGUCCGCAGCUGGAACUGCUCACCUUGUGCGGCAGGAGGGGGGAGAGCAUCGUGUACGACAUCCAGAACAUAGGACUCUGCCGCCUGCUGAAGGUGCUGCUGCUGCCGCUGGAGAUCAAGACGCCCAUGGCCAUCGUCUGUCUGACCAAGCUGACCCACCUCACACUGCAUCGCCAGAAGCUGUGGCCGGGAAUGGACUGGCUGCCCACCGUGCUGGCCAUCGUCCAGGCCAAGUGCUACGCCCUGCAGACCCUCAGCUUCGACGGCUCCUGGCUGGUGACUCCCCUGGACCUCUCCCAUCUGAAGCUGAACCACUGCACGGCCCUCACGGAGCUGCGGCUGAGCAACUGCAAGCUGGCCGAGGUGACCGGACCCCCGCUGCCCCUGAGCUGCCAGCGGGUCAGCUUCCGGCGGUGCACCAUGGUCAGGCUGAACAGCUUCAUAGCGUCUCAUCCGAUGCUGAGGAGGCUGGACCUGUUUGACUGCCGAGCGGGAGGGGGGCCCCUGCUGCGGCGCCUUCUCAACCUGAGGCAGCACCAGCCCGUCCUCGAGCCUCUGCUCUUCACCUUCUGCCAGUCCACGAGGCUGCGCGCAGAGCUCUCCACGUGGUCCCCCAAGGAUCGGAGGCUGUUUAGCCGCUGGCUGCAGGUGAAGGAACUGGAGCCGCACGAGGCGAACACGUGGCGCCAGCCGGUCGGCACGGUUUCCAUGAACUUCUCGCGCUCCGUCAACUAUCUGCCCGACUUCAGGAGUCCGGAGGAGGGUGCUCCCCCUGCCGCCGACAUAGUCAAGAAGUUGGAUCGCUUUUAGCCCUCCAGUUGUAAUUUAAAUGUGGGUGAAGGUAUCCAAAGAAAAAACAGUCAGCAUUUGAAAGUGAACAACAAUUGAGCUUUUAUAUAUUUAUAUUUUUAUAUUAGUAUACACUCGGGGAACGUUAUCAACUUUUGCUUUUAAUUUCUUUUAUGUGUCUUGAACUAAACUUAAACUAAAUGGUCUCUAAGGACACCAAAAAAAAUGUUAAAAUAACUCAAAGUUACCACGAGAUACCUGAAUGUCAGUUUGAAUUUAUAAUUUAAGAGAGAGGGAUGUUAUAACUCCAUAAAAUCUUCUUUUGUAAUGAAAUUAUUUGUGAAUUCUUGCGGAAAACAUGUAGUGCGCCUCCACGUGCCGAAAAAAAAAACAUAUUUCCGCCCACCCACAAUUUAAUGAAUACAAAUCCCACGUUGAAUACCUCCGGUAGACAGAUGCCCCCAUUCAGCUCAAGUGGCACCCAGCAUAUACAACAUAUCAAAUCUAACCUCGAAAGCUUUUGGGUGUGCGAGACCCAUAUUUGCUUUAGGAUCGCCAUUUUUCCAGUUGGACGAGUUUCGGUUUAUCAGCGAGCGCAUAAAUAACGAAAAAGUUGCCAAAAACAAGAAGCAAAGUGAAAUUUAUGUGUACCGCAUGUAAUUAAUAAUAAAAGAAAUCGCGCAAACGAAUUAAAUGGG